UUUUUUUUUUGCUUUGCUGAAUCUUAUUGUUGUGAAGCUUGUAGAACUACAUCAAUUUUUCAUGCUUAAGUCCACCUAACAUGAGGCAUAAGAAGCUAUCCUCCGUAUAAAAAAUACAUUCCAGUUUCAUAUGAAAGCCCUUACAUAGAUUAUGAAGUUUAACUAUGUGCCAUAAUUUUAUGUUAUCGUUAUGGGAUUUGUAGCACGAUGGUUUUGUGUUCUUAUAUAUGAUACAUGACUGUCAUUUUUCCUUUUUGUAUAAAUAUCUUUUUGUCCUGUUGCUUAAUUAUGUUGCCUUCUUGCAGAGUUUUGAUAUCAGUUUACGGAGAAACGUAAUGGAUAAGAGUUGGAUGUAUCAAUCUCGGUUGACCAGUGAGUAUUUGAACGGAGUAGAGGGAUUCUUGAAUUUCGCAUUCCAAAACGCAAGUAUCGAUGGGAAAAUUGUUUGUCCAUGUGUGAAGUGUGGAAAUGGCAGAUGGGUGACGCGAUCUGAGGCAGUAGACCAUCUUAUAUGUGACGGUUUUAUCAAGGGUUACACAAAAUGGAUAGCUCAUGGAGAAGCUUUGUCAUCUACUACAACAGCUCCAAUUCCCACUAAUUCUGGUAAUGCUUUGGGUACAAAUAAUAGCAUGCGUGAGAUGCUGUAUGAUAAAUUCGGGAUCUCAAAUAGAGAUAUUGGCAUGGAUGACGUGCCAAAUAAUGUAGAGUUGUCGAAUGCAGAUGCUAAAAAAUUUUAUAAGUUGGUAAACGAUGCCCAAAAACCUUUGUACCCUGGGUGUAAAGAGUUUUCAAAGCUUUCAUUGCUCGUUGAACUAUUUCACAAUAAGUGCCUUGGAAAAUGGACUAACGACUCAUUUACCAAGCUACUUCGGACGUUCAACAGAGUAAUUCCAGAGGGUGAGAAAUUGCCCAACUCAUAUUAUGAAGCGAAAAAAGUGUUGGGGGAAUUGGGUCUCUCAUACAAAAAGAUCCAUGAUUGCCCUAAUGAUUGCAUGUUGUAUUGGAAAGAACAUAUUGAUGAUACAGAAUGUCAUGUAUGUCAUGAACAGAGGUACAAAACCGUUGACAGUCAUGAAGGAGCAGAAGGAACCUCAGCGAAAAAGCGUAAAAAGGUCCCCAGAAAGGUUUUACGCCAUUUUCCAUUGAUACCAAGGCUACAAAGGUUGUUCAUGUCGUCAAAGAUUGCAUCUUUUAUGAAGUGGCAUGAUGAGGGUCGCACCAAAGAUGGUUGCAUGCGUCAUCCUGCUGAUUCCCCUACUUGGCAGACUUUUGACUUCCAACAUAAGGAAUUUGCUACAGAUUCACGUAAUGUUAGACUUGGAUUAGCGUCAGAUGGAUUUAAUCCUUUUGGGAUGAUGAGUAAUGUGCAUAGUACAUGGCCUGUCAUCUUGAUGCCAUACAACCUGCCACCUUGGAUGUGUAUGAAACAACCGUACUUCAUAAUGUCGUUGCUUAUACCCGGUCGUUCAGCACCUGGAAAUAACAUUGAUGUUUAUUUGCAACCAUUGAUAGAGGAGCUGAAAGAGUUAUGGGGGGUCGGAGUAGAUACAUUUGAUUCUUCAACCAAUCAAAAUUUUAAGAUGCAUGCUGCCUUAAUGUGGACUAUCAAUGAUUUUCCUGCAUAUGCAAAUUUGUCUGGGUGGAGCACUAAAGGGCGUCUUGCAUGUCCAUCAUGCCAUAAAGACACAUGUUCUUCUUGGUUGAAGUAUAGUGGGAAGCACAUCUACAUGGACCAUCGACGAUUCUUGGAGGAUAGCCAUAUGUAUAGACGAGAUAAAAGGUCGUUUAAUGGAAAGGAAGAGCGUCGGAAGGCACCUUGUCGCUUAACUGGGUCUAUGAUACAAGAUCAGCUAAAAGGCGUUCAAUUUAAGUUUGGAAAGCUAGUUAAGGAUAAUCCUAAGUUGCCAUUCAACUGGAAGAAGCCUAGCAUAUUCUUCGAAUUACCUUAUUGGAAAGAUAAUUUACUGCGACACAAUCUAGAUGUAAUGCACAUAGAAAAAAAUGUUUGCGAUAGCGUGCUUGCAACAUUGUUAAAUUUGGUUGGGAAAUCAAAGGAUCAUUGGAAGGCACGUCAAGAUUUAAAAGAUAUGGGCUUUAGAAGUGAGCUUCAUCCCAUAGAAGAUGAAUCAGGUCGCACAUACUUGCCUGCCGCAUGCUUUUCAAUGACUAAAAAGGAGAAAGACAUCUUUUACAAAGUCUUAAAAAAUGUAAAAGUUCCAGAUGGGUAUGCUUCGAAUAUUUCAAGAUCUUUCCAGGACAAAGAACAUAAAGUUUAUGGGCUGAAGAGUCAUGACAAUCAUAUUUUGAUGCAACAAUUGCUCCCAUUAGCAUUGCGAAGAGUAUUGCCUAAGCAAGUGCGGUCCCCUUUGAUUAAAUUGUGCAAUUUUUUUAGAGAAUUGUGUGGUAAAGUUCUUCAUGCUCGUGACUUGAUCCGUUUGGAGAAGCAAAUUGCAAUAACCUUGUGUGAGUUGGAAAGGAUUUUCCCCCCAUCAUUUUUUGAUAUCAUGAUGCAUUUACCAGUUCAUUUGGCUACUGAGGCCAAACUUGCGGGGCCAGUUCAUUAUCGUUGGAUGUAUCCCAUAGAGAGGUAUUUAGCAACAUUGAAGUCAUAUGUGCGAAACAAAAAUCGUCCCGAGGGUUCCAUUGCGGAAGGAUAUUUGGCAGAGGAGUGUUUGACGUUUUGCUCUAGGUACUUGGAGGAUGUUGAAACGAGGUUUAAUCGAGUGGGCAGAAAUGAUGAUGAGGGUAGUACUGUUGCUGCAAGGUUGCCUAUUUUCUCAACACAAGGACGGCCAUUUGGAAAAGUAGUGACAGAAACCUUGGAUCAGGAAACGUUAGUGAAGGCACAUCAAUAUGUGUUGUUCAAUUGUGACGCGGUAGACAAAUUUUCCAAUCAACACCAGACCAUGAUAAGAGAUCGAAAUCCACGUUUGCGUAUAUGGGAAGUCCAACGUAUGCAUAAUGAAAAGUUUGCAUCAUGGUUUGGAAACCACGUUCAAGACUUGCAACUUGCAGAGGAUAAACAGCUUUCUGAAGAGCUUAGAGCUCUAGCUCGGGGACCAGAUGAUGUAGGGAAGAGAUAUAGAGGAUAUCUUAUAAAUGGUUUCAGGUUCCACACACGAGAAGUUGAGAGGACAAGAAAAUUUCAGAAUAGUGGGGUAGUUGUUACUGCAACAACAAGAAGUUUUUCAAGUGCUAGUGACAAUAAUCCAGUGGCUGGUGAUAUAGCUUACUAUGGCGUUUUGACAGAUGUUAUUGAGCUGAGUUACUUCGGAGGGAGGAAGGUUGUGUUGUUUAAGUGCGACUGGAUGUCAGAAGGCAAAAACAGAAGGCCAGAUGAACAUGGUUUUACUCUUGUCAAUUUUGCACGAUUGGUACAUGCCAAUGAGCCUUUUGUUUUAGCUUCUCAAGUACAACAAGCAUUUUAUGUUGAAGAUCCCCUUGACAAAGGGUGGCAUGUUGUGAUAAAGACAACUGCUAGAGACGCUUUUAAUAUGAACACAAAGUCAUGCAUCGAUGAUGUGGAGACGUAUUUGCAGAGUGAGUCAUGUGAUGGUCAAUUGCAAGAUGAUCAAGGUGAUAUCAGUUUGGUUAGAGAAGAUGUGCAGGGAACAACUGUAGACACUAUUGAUGCAACAACAGCUCAAGUGGUAGAAGGCGAUGGAGUCGAGGGGAUUUAGAAUCCAUUUCUAGAUGCUUAUAUGAUGUUUUCAAGGAAUGUGUUGCCUUGCCUUUUCUUUUUAUUCUUAAAAGUAGAUGUUAUUUCGAAGACCUUGAAUUUAAUUUCAGUAGCAUAGUGUUUUACUUUUCUAGUUUUUGCAAGACUGUUUAGCUGAAGUACAUACUUGUUUUCUCUGCUUUUGUUAAGCACUGAUGCAUGGUUAGAUUAUUGCCAUUAAUUAGUUGUCUAA